UCGGGCUUGACGUUUUCUUGAACUCCAACUCCUCCUGCACCAAUUUGGUAGUGACGUCACAGGAAUAAGCCCGGUCCCCGCAGCGGGAGGGAGAAGAGCUGUUCUUGCGAGAGUUUGACGACUGCUGGCGUGUAGGAACGGCUAAUGGCGGCGUCACUCAGCGUCGAGGGUAAGCGUUGCUAACGGUCAGUCGGAGGGAGGCGCACGGGUGCCUAGCUCCGGGCUGAGGCACUGGUGUGCGGCAUGUGCAGCAACAGCCGACCGGUGAGUAGAUCGCCUUCGGCAAACUGAGCUCCGGGCUUCGACGUGGCCUUUGGGAGGCCGAACACUGAACAGGAGAGUUGCGGCCGGGCGGGCCAAGGUCCAGGAAGUUGAGCUGCGGUGCAGGUGAGCUAAUAUGAUGUGGAGCACCAAAUCUAAUGAGGCAUCUCCACUACACCAAGAAGGAAUGCAGACCCGAGAUGCAAGGAGAGACAUGGCCUCAGCAUGGGAUACAGUCAACCAGACAAAAGCUGCGGUCAACAUCGGAUCCCAGCUACUUCAACGGCAUCAAUCAUUCUGAUACCCAAGAAGAACCGGGUGAGCUGCCUCAAUGACUUUUACCAGUUGCGACACAUAGAGAACAGGCUGGAAGCUGUUCCUACUGGUACUGCUGUCUUAGACACUGUGAUGGACAACAAGAAGUCCCUGGGAAGUGCUUCCAGGAAAGUCAGUAGGAAAGAUGGAAGGUAUGUGGAGGAUUCUAUGGGCAAUGCUUCAGCUGGCAAGUCCAACAAUUGUAGCAAAUCACGAAAGGGCAAAAUGUCCCGGAGCCCCUUGAGAUCUACUACCCUGGAAAACAACAUUAAGAAGAACAGUCGAGUAGAAUUCAGGGAUGCUUUAACUUAUAGGGAAUUAGAUGGCACUAUUCCACCCUGUCUGACUGCUAGCCAGCUGGAAGCUCAGCACCUUCUUUCCAAUUUGACAUCGAAUGAAUCCCAAGGGAAGGAGAGUGAAAGUCAUCACAUGAUAUAUGAUCGAGACAACCGGAGUUACCACAGUUUGGAUAAUGACAGCACACAAUCAACUGCAGUGGAUGAAACCGUGGUGAAAUUUCUCAAUGACCAAUUAGCACUUGAUGCCCUGCACAAUUCUGCACUUUAUAAAACUUUGAGCCGAGAUACACUAGGACAAAAGGGUGAAGGCAUCAAAGGUUUCCACACUAAGGCACUGAGUAAUGAUGUGGAUGCAAAGAGUGAACGGCCAUCCGAGCAUUCUCAGCUGUCCUCCCCGAGUUCCACUUCUGACUCGGUGAUGCAGAGACUAGAGAUUAUGCGCAGGAAGCAACAUGAUGACAAACUUGAGAAACUGAAGGAGCGGAUUAGAAAGCAACGAGAGCAUUCGGAGGAGCCAGUUGAAAGGGACCGGCAGCUAAGCCUCUAUGAAUUACCUGCUGUGGCUAGUGUAGGUACUGCAGUUCCUACCACCAAAGUGAGAAAGGUUGCUCUGGCACCACCUGCUCCAUCAUACAAAGGUUUCAAUCCUACAGAGACCAAAGUUCGGACUCCUGACGGCAAGGUUUGGUGUGAAGAUGAAAUACACAAUAUUAGCAAGGAUCUGUACCGGGACUUCACGUUCCAGUUGGCAGAGAAUAGCAAGGUGAAAGAAACUACAUGUGAAAAAGCCAGAGAGAAGAAAGUUGCCAAACCAGUGCGUAAAGUACAGAAAGUAACUCCAACUAGCCCUGACAUGAAACCAAAUGCCCAUGUUAUCAGCACGGCUUCCUGGCGUGAAGGCCAGAAACUGGUAAAAAUGGUUCUGGGACCUGCACCAAAGAUGGUAACUGAAAGUAAGGUGGACACUAGCUUGAAAACCAGGAGAGAGAGGAAUGCCACAUCAAAAAAUGUCAGAAGAACAGACCCCGACCCUAGACUUGAAGUUUUCAAAAAGUCGAGGCCCGGAAGCUCCGAGUCCCACACAGCAAAGCAGCCUUUGGGGGGUGACUGGAGGAAGGAAGAAGGGCAAAAUAAACUGGAAGUGCUGAAUACACAUGUGCUACCAGCUGAAGUAAGAGAGAUCCUUGAUGACCUUCAGCUUGAGGGAACUCGGAAAAGUGCAGAAGAAAAGACAAAUUUUGAAGGUGGCAAACAGACUACAGGAGGCCGUGCCUUCUCCAGAAGUGUGAGCCCAAUUAAGAGAAAGCAGGAGAAGUCCAACCUGAGCACUGAAAUGCAGCUGAAGCGUUUGAGGCAUUAUGAUGCAGAGGAGGUCAGGCAGUAUAUUGUCAGGCAACAAGUAGAGAGGAAGAAAAGACAGACAGAAGAGAAGAAGGCUCAGAAGGAAGCAAUGGAACAGAAGAACAAGCGGUUGCAAGAACUCUACAGGAAACAGAAAGAAGCCUUCUCAAAGCCUAAGCCAGAACCCAUGUGCCAAAAAUAUUUACAGGAGACUUUUUCAAAAUGUGUAACUGAGUUAGUGAAGUUUAAUGAGCUGCCUCCCAACCAAUCAGUAUCAGAGGAGAAACAGCCAAAAGUCAUCUAUCAGCCUUCUGGAGAAUCUGACAAAGAGAACAAGGGGCAGGAUCGCCCUCUUAGUGCCUCAUCGAGCAGUGACAUGUCUCUGUCUGAAUCUCAUCAGCCUCCAGGCAGACAUGACCAUUUGGAGCCCUCAAGGAUACCUCCUCAUCAAGUCAACCCAAUAGCUCAGACAGCUCACCCUUCUACUGGGGUUAAUCUCUUCUCUCACCUGUUAAACCUGGAACCCCGAAGUUUGUUGUCCAGGGAUUUUGAAACAACAGCAAAGCGGAAGGAUACUCCACAAAAAGGACACAUGCAUUCCCUCCAGUGCCCACCCUCCAGUUCUUUGCCAUUGGAUCACACAUUAGCUGGACAAAAGUCCACAGUCCCAUACAAAAGUAAACUGGACCGCAUUGAGGCACUGAAAGCAACAGCAGCCUCCCUUUCCAGUCGGAUUGAGAAUGAAGCAAAAAAGCUGGCAGGCGCUGGCAUCAACUAUGGCAACAUGCAGGACUCUGAGCACGAUGUGCUGCAGACCUCUUGGGAUGACCGGCACAGGCCCAAGCUGGCCAGCCCACCUGUUCGUGAUGGUGGCUGUGACAAUACUUCAUCCAGAAUUUGGAGAAUACAAGGACCCAAUGUGGGCCACACUACCUUUGAGGAUCAGCUGCCAGGGGUUGGCAAUUUGUAUGAAUGUAAAAAGCUUGGUGAGUUGCCACAGUAUGACAAUUUUUCAGCAAAGCGUCCUGAAAAAUGCCAGGAAGUCACUUGGGAAAGCACCUAUAAGAGGUCCCUUGAGGCCCUGGAACAAAACCUACAAAAGCUUAAUCGAGAAAGGAAUCAAUUUGAAUCCCUCAAUUCCAGCGGGGGCUCAAUCAGUGAAGGGCCACUUCUAAGUGAAGGAAGUCUCUCAGAGGAGGAUGGUCAACCAAGUUCCAGAGACCCAACUAAAUUAGCACAAACUUUGAAGGACAAGGAUUUCUGUGCGGAAGUGUCAAAUCCUUCCCAGCCAAUGGUAGAAUUUCAGAAAGAAGCAGAAAAAUACCAGCCUCUCCAGCUGCAAUUGGAGGGAUACAAAGGCAAAGCUCCCUGGGAAGAGCUAGCCAAGGGAAGCCCUUACAGUGUAAUUAACAUCUUUACAAAGAGCUACCAGUUCUGUGGGAAAGGAAGUUUAGAGGAGCAGUCUGAUAGAGGAUCCCCAACUCUGCAACCUCUAAUAUAUGCAGCAAGCCCUGAAGUUGCUGAUGUAUAUGAAGAUGAUUUCCUUUCCUCUCACAGCAGCACAGUUGUAAGCAGGAAGUUCCCUUCAUACCAAAGUAGUUGUGCCAGCAGUUCUUCCAGUAUCUGUGAGGAGCUUCCCAGCAAAAAAUCUCAAGAAAGAAGGCCUGGAGAAGUGUCCCCUCGAUCUUCAGUGCACCGUUCUACACCCUCCUCCCGAUCAUCCGGUUCUUCAAGAAAGAAAAUCAAAAUAGAUGGUGUGGAUGUUAAGGGAAAUGUGCGACGUUCCCCUGUGGAUGACAGUACAUGGCCAUCUGCAAGUAGUUCUGAUCAAGCCUCUGCUGAAGGAAGGGUACUGGACCUGGGACAAAGUGUAAUUGGUGUUCCUGAGCAAGUGAAAGAUUCUAAUGGCCCUACAGAAGAAACCCUCAUUGCAUCUCCUACCAGUGUCCAGAUGGAGACCAUGAAGCCCAAGAAAGCUGCAAGCUGUUUGUCCUUUCAAUCUGCUAUCAGCACUGCAUCCCAGAAACCUUUACAGAAUGACACAGCAACCGGAGCAGGAGAUGGGACAAGGCAAAAUGUCACCACAGCCUAUCCGCUGCCUUCACCUUCUCCUGCCUUUAGGCCACUCCUUCCUGACAUCAGUGUGACAGGAGCUAGACUCCCUUCAACCUCAGCUGCAGCCUCUAUGUUAAGUUCCCCACUCGCACUCCAGCAUCGCAUGAGUGCUGAACUUGCUUACUUGGAUGCAAUAGAGGACUCUGUCCGCCAGCUCUCAGAGAUGGAGAAGAUUCGAGGAAUUGCACUUGCUCAACAGGAGAGUGUAUCUUUGGCUCAGAUCCUGAAGGCUCAGCAACAGAGACAUGAGCAUGACUUGGCCUUGCUGAAGCUAAAGGCUGAUCAGGAAAAGUUGGCAAAUCAGAAGCAGCUGGAAGAGGCCAAGCAGAAAGCAGCACAGACACAUGCAGAGAGCCUGCUACAGUUUGCACAGACACACCAAGAGAUGCUACAAGAGUCCACAAAUAAAUUGAUGGUUCAACAAGUGGAGACUGCUAAACUGACUGCAGAUGCCGCACGCCAGAUCAAAGAGAUGAGUGAUUUGGCAUACGUUCAGAUUGCAACAGGAUCUCCAACCACUGUGGCUACCAACCUAUCGCGAGGAGCAAUCACUGCACCAGUUGUGGCACUGUUGGACCAACAGAGGCUGCAGCAAUCAGAUCUUGUGAAGCAACUGCAUGUAAAGAUUGAAUCUGAAGGGAGGAGUAACAAUAGCCCUUCGUCUAUUGGUCCUGUGGAGAAAUCACAUGACUCUAAAGUUCACUAUUCAGCUUCAUUAGACAGCCUGUCUGAGUCAUCCAGAUAUAAACAUCAUGAUCAAAGUAGUGGUGGCAGCAGUAUUCAAGACAGUCCUUCCUUGGCUUCCUCUGAAAAGGGAGCAGAGAGCAGGGCUUCCCAAGGUGAGAAGGGAGAUAGUUCUGUUGAAGAAGAGGUGCACACAGCAGCUGAUGACUCAAUACAAAGUUCCAGUAUGCCGCCUUUGCCUGAUGAUAAAGAUUCAGCCUCUAUUGCCACUGAGUAUUCUUUGAAAUUUGAUGAAUCAAUGACAGAAGAUGAAAUCGAAGAGAAAUCCUUCCGCUCCCUGUUGCCAUCUGAGAGCCACCGCCGCUUUAACAUGGAGCGGAAGCGCAGCAGGCAGGAUGAUUCAGAUGAGGAAACUGCCAGGGACCAGUCAACCUUGACAGCUGUCAAACAUGAUUUUAGCAUGCCCUUCUCUGGGGGCCAGGACAGUUUCUCCAAAUUUACAAUGGAGAUGGUAAGACAGUACAUGAAAGAGGAAGAAAUGCGUGCCCAGCAUCAAGUGUCACUCCUCAAGUUACGUGAACGAGCUUUGAAGGAAAAGACAAAAGCUGAGCUGGCCUGGCUGGAACAUCAGAAGAAACGUCUGAGAGACAAAGGGGAAGAUGAUAAAAUGCCACCAAUCCGUAAGCGACAGCGUGGGCUACUUCUCAGGCUGCAGCAAGAGCAGGCUGAAAUCAAACGCCUUCAAGAAGCCAAUAGGGCUGCUCGCAAGGAAAGACAAUUGAUCCUGAAACAGCAGGAGGAGAUCCAACGUUUGCGCCAGACCACUAUCAAAAUACAGGAGAAACUCAAAUCAGCUGGAGAGGGCAAGCUGGAGCUGCGGAGCACAGAACAAAUUGAGGAAUUAAAUGUUCCGAAAGUGAGCCAUGCUUCCAGCCCCUUGCAGACAGAUAUAGAGACACGGAGUCCUUCCCCCAUUUCUAUCUCGGGCAGUGAAACCAGCAGCAUCAUGCAGAAACUGAAGAAGAUGCGCAGUCAGAUGGAUGAAAAACACUGCUCUCCUGUCCACUACUUCUUCUCUGUCUUUACGUCUCACCACUGGGCCUCUCUCAGUGUCUGUUUCCCUAAUCUACAUCCCAAAUUCCAGCUGUACAUCUACAACCAGCUGGUCAGGUUUCUCACCAAGCGAGAGCAAAAGCUGAUGCAUCGGCGUCGGCAUGCAGAGGAGUUACUUGAGUGGAAAAGACGGCUUGAUGCUGAGGAAGCUGAGAUCCGGCAGAUGGAAAAACUAGCCCUGGCUGCAUGGAACAAGGAGCUAAAACCAAAGGUGUCAAGGAGAGAAUCAAAUGAAAGAAGUCCAGGGGGUAAAGACACAGCCAGUGAGGAAGAAUGCUCAGCACCAUCCCAAUCUCACCUCCACAGUGACAGCUCUAUUCCAUUUGAAGUUGGAAGCCCACUUGCACAGACUGUGCAGUCGGCAUCAGCAGUCCUCCGAACAUCCACCAGCCCUGAGCACAGUGUUUUCACAGACGAUGGUUAUUCUCAGGACUUUGAAACUAUUGCAACACCUAGCAAGCAGUCUGCUUCUUCAAAUGUGAGUGUCAGUGCAACAAACCAAGAUGGUAAGAAGAAUAACUCAAGUGCUAGUUUACAGAUGAGGUCAGAAGUAAAGUCACGCCAAGGAUCCUGCAGCUGGUCUGAUGAAUCUGUUUCUGUGACACAAUCAGAGACAGCAUCUGACCAGAGUGAUAUCGAGGGCAGGAUUCAUGCACUGAAAGAUGAGCUGAGGAAACGUAAAUCUAUUGUAGACAGACUGAAGAAAGAGCAGAAGAAGCGACAGAAGGAGAGAUUGAAAGCACAGGAGGCUAGUCUCAUUAAACAACUAGAGUCCUAUGAUGAAUUUAUUAAGAAGACUGAAGCAGAACUAAGCAAAGAAGUGUCCAGUUCAACCAAACCACAAAUCAAAACCCCUUCCUCUAUCGCUGCUGAGAAGCCCAAGAUUAAACCACUUUCUCUACAAAGGACUGAAUCUGCAAAGAGCUGGAAAUCGCUUACUGAGGGUGAAAGAUCUAAAGUGUCAUUGAGUUCCAUUGUUAAACAGGAGCAAAGAUCUUCAAGUCCUGAUGGACAGAAGUCCAGCUGCCCCAGUGAAUUUCAAGUAUCGGAGAAAAGCAAGUCCACACUCAUUGACAGUCGAGCUGAUGAUUUGUCUAGAAGUGCUUCACCAAUUUCCAUACCUGAAAAGAAAUCUCAACUGGAUAAUGUACCAGCAGUCUUGCCUCAAAAGGCAAUACCUGAAUUUAGCCACUUGCCAGAUCCAUCUGUCAGCAGGUCAGAGAAUGGGUCUAGUGAUAAAAUAGUGUCUAAUUAUCAAUCCGUGCAAGAUGAUGUUCAGGAAGAACUUGAAAAUAUAAAAUCAGAAGAAUCUGAAAUAGAUGACUUAUUUGGACUUCCUGAACAAAAUGAUAAAUCUGAACUCUUGCUAAAAUUAGAUGAUAAGAAACCAGAGCCUCUCUGCGUCCCUGAGUGUAUUCAAAAAUUACCUCAAGAAACAGAUCUUUCUAAAAUUGAAAAGCACCCUUUUCAAAUCGAGCAUUUUGAGGAUUUGAAGGACGAGAAAUGCUACUUGGAUAAAGAAGGCGGCUCUGAAAAGGAGGAUCAUUCAGCCAGUUCCAUAAAAUUUAUAGAAUCCAUUAAAUACGAUACUUUGGAAUAUACAAAGUCUGAUCAUCGGACUUUAGAUAAAAUAUUGUCAAAGAAUGAUUCGUGUCCUCAAGAUUUAGACCACCAUUCCCCAGGAAAAGAGACAACUUACUCAGAAGACUUUGAGUCAUCAAGACAGAAGUUAUCUGAAGACUUGGAUGAAAAUUUGUGCAUUAAAAGUUUUAGAGGUGAUGUUGAAUCUGUAACUGCCCUUUCUGCAAGAAAUGAAAGUGUCACUGGACUCCAGGUGCUGUCUGAUCUUGACCACUCUAAACAAGAGGAAGUGGAUGGAAGAACGGAGCGUUCUCAAAGUGCUUCAUCAGUUAUCAGCACAGAUGACGAAAUCAGUGAGCACCUAAGUGAAAAGUCCUUUUCAAGUUGUGAUAGUGUGCAUUCAGAAAAAUUUCUAGAUUUGAAAUCAAUUCAGAGCAGAAAUGUAGAGCACGGUGUUACAGAAACUGAGGAACAGACACCUGUGCCUUCACACUCUCCUUCUCCUUGUCACACUCCUACAUCACACGAAACUGAUGAAAUGCAUGAAUUCCAAAUUGGUGAUAGAGUUUUAGUUAGUAGCAUCCAGCCAGGCACUCUACGCUUUAAGGGAAGAACCAACUUUGCAGAUGGGUUUUGGGCUGGCGUAGAGCUGGAUAGUCCAGAAGGUAAUGGUAAUGGGAUGUAUAAUGGGGUUGUGUACUUCAGAUGCAAGGACAGGUAUGGCAUUUUUGCACCUCCCCACAAGAUUUCUCUUUUACCCAAGUGUUACGAUAAGGCCAUCAAUACUGCAAAAGAUGAAGAAGACCCAUUGUUAGAAGUCAAAUUAGAUCAAGAUCAAGACAGCGGAGAAGAAGGAAGGCCAGAGCUUCCAGAAGAUGAAUCAAAGCUGCAAGAAGAGUGUGGAUAUUACCUCAAGAAAACCUCUGAUCAAAUUGAUUUUAAGUCGACUCAGUCUGAAAACAAUUUAAAUGACCCAAUUGCAAACGUUCUGUUUUCUGAGUCUAUUGCCAUUGAUUUGGUUCAUGAUAUCAGUAAAUCUUUAAAUGAUCAGAAUUUAGAGAGUGUGCCCGAAUUUCAUAAGGAGGAACAACCACCUAAUUUUAAAGAUCAAGAUGAAACGCACAGUGUGGCUGAUGUAUCCAUUAAGAAGCCACCCAAAAUUACACUGGAGAAGGAUGCUGAUUUCCUCACUGAGUUGUCUGUGCAUUCUCCCAGUGAAAAAGAAUUAUCAUCUCCUGUUCAUAAAAAAACACCAACCCCUCUCUUGGAUCUAUUGAACAAGGAGAAGAAGCAACUUGAGGCACAACUGAGAGUACCAGGCCUCAGUUCUGAAUCUGAAAAAAUGCUUGACAGUGAGGAUUUUAAAGUGGUGGAGUCAAAGGCCAUUUUUGAAGACAAUGAAAACUUCAGAAAAGAACAGAAGGACAAAGAGACAAAAGCUAGCUCUUUGGCUGCUGAUAUCCUGUCUUCCUAUCUGAAAGAUGCAGUCAAAGAAUUCCAGCAAAUCAAAAAGGCUAGAGAUGAAAAGAUUGAACUAACUAACCAAAUGUUAUGUCUCAAAUCAGCUGAAGUAUCCUCACCCAGGUCAUCUCCCAAGUAUAUGGAGGUACAAAGUGGAGCUGGUGUCCAGUUACAGACUUCAACUGAAAGAGAUGACAGUGAUGAGGAUAAAGAAGAAAUAUUAUCUCCAGAUCUUUGUCCUAGACCUGGCAGCCCAGUGUUUGGCACAAGUGGGCAGGAAGAAUUGGCCAAGCGCCUUGCAGAGCUGGAAUUGAGCCGCGAGCUCCUUGAUGAUCUGGGAGAUGACCAGGACUGGUUUGAUGAAGACUUUGGACUAAGUUCUCGCAAAGUGCAGCAGCCAGGACCAGAGCUAGAGCCACAAUUACCAAAGACUGUGGCUCUGAAAAUCCGUGAAGAGCAGUAUUUUGCUGUACCUCAUGAUGCACUGGAGGUUGAGAAGUUAGUUCACACAGCUGCUGAAGAGCUUUGGAAGUGGCAGGAGUUGGCACACAGUCUGUGGGAUAUUCAGUUACCCCAGGAUUAUUUUGGAAAUAACAAAGGACAAAAUGUAGAAAGUGUCAGCAAAAGAGUAUAUUGUGAGGCUAUAUUUAACUUAACAAGAGAGAUAUUCAGUGAGAUUUUUGCAGAAGACCCCAAUGCCAGGCAACCUCCAUGGAUGAAGUCGAGCAGGAACUGCUCUGCUUAUUUUAGGCGAGUGAGGAACCCACAGGAUAUCAGUGAAGUGAAGAGUUUCAUUUCCAGUGAAGUCCUGAAGCUGUUUGGGUUCAGUAAAGAACAAAACCAUAAGACUGACUGGCAAAAAAUGAUGAAAUUUGGCAGGAAGAAACGGGACCGAGUGGAUCACAUUCUGGUCCAGGAACUUCACGAGGAAGAAGCUCAAUGGGUCAAUUAUGAUGAAGACGAGUUGUGUGUGAAGAUGCAGUUGGCAGAUGGAAUUUUUGAUGCCCUGAUUAAAGACACAGUAAAUGUACUUAAUCAGAUUCAAGAGAAACGAUCGAAGCUUACUGCAUCUUAACUGCAGUCACACCAUCACAUGACUAAACUACAUUAAGAACUCAAGCAUGUCAGCAAGCUGACCUUCAGCCUGUGAACCUAUCCCAUCCAGUGGGUUGUCACCUGGCAUGUUGGUUUGUGAAUGAGAAGAUGAUUUAUCAUACUGACCUCAUCGUGAAGUAGGCAGCGUGUGGAAGCCAGAAGUGCCAAUUUUCCCUUCCCUUCUUUAUUUGUUAUUGUUCCAUUUAUUUAUCUAAACUGUAGCAUAGUUUUGAAUUGAGAAGUUUGCACAUUAAUUUUGUUCUGAUUUAUGCCUGUUUACUUUUUAAAAAUGUGACCAUGUAUCUGGAGGUGCUAUGGUUUCUGUGUUUGGUGUUUUGCUAGCUCUGAGAGUUGAUGACUCUCAACAUGCAUUGAAAGUAAACAGGAUCUCUGAGCUAGAAGUGUAUCUGCAUGAUUGAAGUGGAGGACAAAAAGAUUUUUGACAUAGCUUCUUCAUUAACCUUUUCUGUUUUAAGUUAUUUUCAAAGAAAGCAUAGUGUUUUAUUCAAUUAAAUGGGCCCUACUGAGUUCAUUCUAGGAAAUGUUGCACCUUUGAGAUCACUUGUUAGUUCAGGAGCUGUUUUCUUAAAGAACUGUAAUUUGGAUCACAGCAUCUUGACUUGGAAGUGAAUCAGUGCAGCGUUGUUCCUUGCACUCGUUUGUACACUGCACUCCAAGGUAAAACUGCACCUAAAGAAUGAUUCUUUAGUAGAUGGAGAGAGGUAGUCAUGGAUGCUAGAUCGCAGAUUCCUUUACCUGAGGAACACAAAAAUGACCUCACUGUACAUGACAUGACACACAUUGAGAGAAGUUGGUUGCUUUCCAGUUUGCACUCUUUUUUUCAGUGAUAUUAUAUCUAAGGUGCUACUGCCUCUAUCUUUGACGGUGAGUGCAAGAUGCUUAAUGAAUGGUUGAGAAACACUGGUUUUGAUGAGGAGAAUGGUGAUAUUUUUCAAUAAGGCUUACUCGAGUUGGGAUGCUGGCUGAACAUUUCCUUUUCGGUGUUCAGCUCCUGGAACAGCUUCCUCACAGCUCCAAUCACCCAAGUUUAAUCCAGACCUCAGAUGCUAUUUGCAGAACUUGCAUGGACUCCCUGUUACUGUAUGGGGUUCCUCCCACAUUACAAAGUUUUUUGGGGUUAGUUAUUAAUGGGGCUGAUGUAAAGUACCCCUAGUGUGUAGGUGGGAUGGGAACUGGGGAGAAAAUAUUGCAGGUAAAAUUAGUGGGAGACAGGAUUGCAUAGUAAACCAUUUACUUCAUCAAGUCUCUGUUUUAGGGAAAGAUGGUCAUGUGGAGAUAGUCUGGGGAUCAUUGAGAUCGAUCCUCAAACAUCAAAGGCUCAGCUGCUCAAUAUCAUAGAACAGUUUGUGGGUUGGAACUGCUUCACUCACUGGAGGAGGUAAACAAUCUUUCAGAUUGCUUUUUAACCUGGUUAUUAAAUAGUAUUUUAGUAUUCAGUAAACAUCUUUCCUUACCUCAUGAUCAGAACUGGGGCAUCUGUUCAAGUAAUAAAAUUAACUUUCACCAGUCAGCCGGAACAGCAUUUUCUAUUGGAAGUCCAAGGAAAUGCAGUUUAAAGGAGAAACAUUCUCUUUUGAGCAAAAACAAAAGAAUGGAUUUUGGUUAGGAGCAAAUUUUACAGAGGUGCAAUUUCUGCACAGCAGUGCAGUGUGGAUUUCCAUGCACAUUGGAUGCCUUGACACCUGAGGGGAGAAGUAAUCACUAAGCAGGGUUAAGUACCAUCCAUAGUGUAAUGAAGCUUAGGUCGAGCAAGUACUGAACAGACAAGCAAGUUCAGCAAUGCUCAACUUGACAAUGAUGCCAAAUCUCUUCUGUUCAUUGCACAAUAUUGACCAGGUUUCUAUUCACUUAUUUAAUUUAGUAGAUUGCUGACUUACUGCCUUAACCCACAUCAACAGCAAUGCUAGUGUUUGGUCAAGAGUUGGUGGGUUAACAACUAGGCAGAGUUGGUAUGCGGCACUAUUACUGCUCAGGGUGUCAGAUUUCGGAGUUCAGUUCCGAAGUCAUCUGUAAGGACAUGGAACGCGUGGGUUUUCUCCAAGGUCUCCAGCUUCCUCCCACAGUCCAAAGACAUACAGGUUGGCAGGUGAAUUGGUCAUCGUUAAUUGUCAGUGAUUAAAUUAAAUUGGGGGUUGUUGAGUGGUGCAGCUCAAAGGGCUGGAAUAACCUAUCCUGCGCCGUAUCUCUAAAUAAAAUAAAAUAUUGCAGUAAAAACUGAAAUUCUAGAUAGGGUAACAUCAACCCUCUCAUCUCCCCUGCCUCUCUCCUCCACCCUCCUCUCCAACAAUUAGCAGAGUACCAAAGGAACUGGAGCAAAUUUGCAAACGUGCUUCUUACCAAACUAUUUGCUACUGAACAAACACCCCAUGUUCAUUGACUGAUGGGGUAACACUCUUCCUUCAGAUACAGGUUGAAAUGCAAACCACAGGAUCCAAGCCAAUAAUUAAUAAACACAACUUACUCAGUAAUUAUAGUGUUCUAAUUCGCAGCCUGUUCAGGGAAGUUGUGACCAGUUUAUCCAUAGGGCUCGAGUUUAAAAUGAUUGCCUUAGUUACUUAUAUACUUGAGAAAGCCAGUGCUGUGUAUGCAAGGCACAAGUUCUUGGCUGCUCGAUGACACAAUAAGAGAAUGAAACCUAUUUAUUUAGAACUAGGAGUUCAAAUGCUGCUGUGCUCAGUGCUGUUCCUUGUCUCCCCAUUACGUGUGCUCAGUCUCUGUUACUCUGCUGGGUAGACAAACACAAGGGGAUUUGCCUAUGUGUACUUUAUAGUGCAGAGCUAUACAAAGGAGUACUUGACUGUGUAUUUGUAUAGUUGUGUGAAUGUGUGUAAAUACUGGUUGAGCAUUCCUAUCUGAGGCAAUUCCCUUCCCUUUUGUAAUUUUAUGGGAAGGGCCAAUGUGUGCAGUAUGGAAAUGUAAAAUAGGUUUUUCUGUGUAUAUAUAACUAUAAUAUAUAUAUUUGAUAACAAAUUGACUUAUUAAUACUUAAGAAUUUUGUAAAUAAAUCACUAUUGAUUUCUA